AUGGAUCUAUCCAACCUCCGCACGAGUUUGCGGGAGGAGGAAGCUUCAGGUCAACGGCGUUCGGCGCAUUUGCGAGCUGCCGAGGACGAGCUCAAUGCCUUCUUCCGCUCGUCUGCUUUGGGACUCACCACGCUAUACCGUCAGGGCGUAGCAGCGACCAAGGCGAGUUACGAAAAGGGUUACGCGCAUGCUUUGGCGCAUGUACUAGAGCUCUGGGACAAAGACCGAGACUGGUUGAAGGGGUACUUGCAGCGAAGGAUUGAGGCCAUCGAGGCUGCCGAUGCCGAGGACGAUGCCGAGGAAGCUCAGCUGGAUCAGCCGCAACCGCAACAACUGCAACAGCAGCAAUCUGCCGCGAGCACCAGUUUCGCCCGCUCCGCUAACACUCCCUUGACAGCGACGAGGCCAGCACAACAGAUAGCUUCAGACUCGCCAAGACAUAACAACAAACGCACGCGCAACGCAUUCAGCGACACCUCGACUUCCACCUCGCAUCGCAACCACGACGAUUCUGCGGCAGAACGCAGAACACUGCACCGCAUCCCGCACAACAACUCGGCCGCAUCUUCCCGAUUCUCGCAAACCUCUGCUGCAAAUUUUGCAUCGAGCUCGUUCAACUUCUCAGCUCCUCUAGCCUACCCUUCCUCCUCCAGCAGUAGUGCUGCUAACAUUGGCACCACCUCCUCGCCAAGCAAGACGAGACCGCCACGACCAAUCGAUGCGCCCGUGAUCAAAACUUCGAACCCGGCCACAUCACGACGUCGAUUACAAAAGUUGAAGGGCUUGCGUGCGGGGCGAGAUCGAAUCAUCGACAUCGAGGAAGCAGACGAGGAUGAGAUCCUUCCCGACGGCGCGGCUGACGACGCAGAUGCGUGGACCGAUGAAGAUGCUGCGGGAGGAUACGACGAAAACGCUUCUCCCGCCAAAGGGGCGAAGACCGGCAACGGCGGCAGGGGAAAGAAGGUGGUUGUAUGGGCAGAACGGUCUGGGAGCAACUCGGCCCAUGGAGAACAUACACCGCAAGUGGCAGAGGGCAAAGUGUUGGAGCGGUUAGAUCGACGCAAGAGGCGGCGUUCAAAUCGGCAACAACAAGACGACACGAUGAUGGCGGACGAGGAGGCAUCGUCCGCUGAAGUGUCAAGGGAGGAAGAGGCGGGCACGUAUAAGUAUCAUUCGUAG